UGUAGAGACAAGUAUUGCGUGGAAAAUCAAAAAGUUAGUGGCGCCAUGGUUCGUUUGUUGAUUUUGUGUUCUUUCGUGCUGAUUCCGGUGGUCUUCGGUGCUCCCACUGUGCACCUACAGAAUGAGUUCUACGAAAGUGCGACGGUUCCAUCAACUCCCGACAAGAACGCUGUGGCGCUCGAUAACCGAGGAUCGUUCAACCAAAUUCAUCGAAUUCCAGAAAAACCUCACAUUGUGGAACCAACGUGGAUCACCGUCACGAUGCCACCGUCCCUGCCCGGCCAGUUCGGCCAUUCCGGCCAGCCACCGAUAAUGCAGCCGUACUACACCUACAUUCCCGUUCCACCGCUAAAUCAGCCAUGGUCCGGACCGUGGCCCACGUACCAUCCACCCAUGCCGGUGCUUCCUCCACUGCCAAGCAAUCAGCUCUGUAACCAACCAUCGAACGCUUAUCGUGUGACAUACUAA